AUUGUACUCUGAGCCUGGUAAGACCAUCGUAGAAACGCGAGAUCAUUCGCCAAUGAUGCUCUUGGUUGCACUUGAUGGAGAGGGAAGGGCGGAAGGAGAACUCUACCUGGAUGACGGAGAGUCUAUACAUGCUUCAGACAGUGUGAAGGUGACCUUUAUGGCCUACGACAGUCGUAUGAAGAUCCAGGCCACUCGAAACAACAAGGCGUGCCUUCGAGUACAAGGGGAUGAAGAGGACAAUAUGAAUCCUUUCAUAACUAAGAUUAUUCUGAUCGGCGACCUCAAACGUGUCGGCAACGAGCAUGUGCCCCCUACCUUGCAGGU